UAUUGGUAAUUUUGAUACUGAAAUGAGUAGAAAAUAUAAUUCAUCAGAAUAGAUGAUCAUUUGAGAGACUCGGAUAUUUUUAUUUGGCGACAUUUGUGUGUCUAACUGUUCUGAUGCUGCAUGUGGUUAUAUAAUCAGCGCUUACAGGAAACUUUAUGAACGGACUAUUUUUAUUUUCAAAUUGAGGACAUCUAAAAAUAUUAGCGUCAAUAAUUUCCGUUCAUUAUUUACACUCUUAUAUAUAUGUACAAUUUAUAAACCGGAGAAAAGGUACCGAGGAUGUUUGAAAAAGUAAUAAUAAAUGUAGGUGGACAAACGUUUGUAACUAAAACGAGCACUCUUCAACGAUACCCGGACACAAAAUUAGCGAACAUCUCUGAAACCUGCGAACAUUUUGAUAAAACUACUGAAGUGUACUACUUUGAUAGGAAUCCAUUGAUAUUCCAGUCCGUACUAGACUAUUAUCGAACAGGAAAACUUCAUUUCCUUUCCAACAUCUGCGUAGAGCAAAUUCGUGAUGAGCUUCAGUUUUGGGAAAUAUCAACCACUGAUCUCGGCCCAUGUUGUUGGAAAUAUUUCUAUACCGUUGAUAGUGACUUGAGGACAUGCAGGGUUAUCGACACAUACUUUUUCCAGAGACAGUGUUUUCAUUACAGUUCGAAAAGCUCUCUUACAAAUGUCAAAAGCAGAAUUUUGAAUGUACUGGAAAAUCCAAGGUCAUCAAAAUUUGCAUUAGUAUGGCAGAUAUUUUACCUGAGUGUUGUGUGCCUUGCCAUUCUUGUAUCAGUAAUACAAUCGUUUGAAUUAACGGAAAAGAAUAUGAAGGAAAUUAAAAACGUGAAAUCAGAAGAAGAUGUCAAAGAACGUCUAACAGAUCACGAUAAUUGGAUUGGCGUUGUAACGCAUGUUUGCAACGUUAUUUUCACAUUAGAAACGUCGUUACGUUUUGCAACCUGUCCAUGUAAAUUAGAUUUUUUUCGAAGUUUUUUAAACAUUGUUGAUAUCAUGUCUGUAUUUGGAUAUUUUGCACACGUUAUAGUAUGUGCCUUUCCUGAUUCGAGUGAAUCCUUCUUCAUUUUCUCGUAUGCUUUGGUAAUAUUACGCGGUUUCAGAUUUUUCCGUCUUGAGCGUUUCAUAGAAGGUUUACGCAUAAUGCUUCUGUCGAUAAAACAAAGUAAGAAGAUGUUGUUUUUACUUGUUUUGAUUUUGCUUAUUUCAUCCAUUAUUUUUGGGAUCACUAUGCACCUUCUUGAAAUGGAUGGAGAUUUUACUGAUCCAACCAGCAGUUUCUAUUGGGCUAUCAUCACCAUGACAACAAUCGGUUACGGGGAUAUUUACCCAAAAACAAAAUGUGGACAGAUUUUAGCAUCAGUUUGCGCAACCUUUGGCUUGUUUCUUUUGAGCAUGCCCAUAGCAGUUGUUGCCAACACUUUCACCGACUUAUACAAAAGAUAUUGUGAACAUCAAUGUCAUGAACUUCGCCAAAAUAAACGCACCUGGUGUAAAAAUGACACAACAGAAUUGAUCCCGAUCAAAUACUGAUGCAGAAUGAAAAUUUUUAGAUGAAACUACUUGUUUUGUUUUAUUUUAGAAAUUGUUUCGUUAUUACUUUAAACACUUAGAUCACUCAAACUGCAACUAUUUUUCUAUUUUUUUUUAAUCUAUGGAUAGUCUGUCUAGAUUAGCUUUCAAGAUUUAAGAAAAGAUCACAGCGAGUUCAUUGAUCUUCGAUGAUCUAUUUGGAAAAGGAGAUAUUUUUGACAACCAAAAUCUUUCAUAGUAGACAUUUCUUCGUUCGCGAAGAGAAAAGAUGUUACACUAUUUUUAGGAUUGUAACUACUAUUUAUAUGUUUUUGAUUCCGAACAAUACUACAUGUCGUUAUUGUGUUUAUGCGAACAGAGUCAAGCGUUUUUGACUUUCUUCAUAUUUGUUCUUUGGCGUAGCGAAUGAAUGUAAUUCUGUAACAUCGAGUCGGGCGCACGUAUAUCGGUAUCUCAUAUUGCAUUUAAAUGUUGUCAGAUGUAAAGACAAUAAGCCGAAGAUUGCGCAAUACUUCAACAUAGAAAUCAUUAGAGCGAAUAAAGGAGGGUGUGAAUGGGGGUUUACAGAAUAGAGAAUAAUGGGCAAAAAAUAUAAAGAAUACAGAAUAAUUAGCAUAUAGUAUAAAGAAUAGAAAAAAAAAACUGCCUAAAAUUUAAAGAAUACAGAAAUGGAGGACCACCCCCUUCCCCAUCCAGACCCUCAUAAAAUAACAAGAGCAUAACAUGCAUAACAUUUAUUAUCAUACCUCACUAUGUUUUUCUGUAUGAAUUCAAAUAUACGGAUAAAAUGAUUAUUUUUCUUAGGAACAGUAAACUUUUCCACGAACUUUGUUAUACUUCGUGUGUUUCUGGUUUUGACGUUCAGCUACUUCGACAUUAGAGAUAACGUUUUAUCAGACGCAAUAGCUGAUACAGAUUUGUAUCUCUCUCAAAAGGGUUUACAUUUUUCUUAGAUAGUGCGGUAUAAUAUAACAGUUGUCUUACAGUUAUUUCAGGAUGUAGCCAUUUUACGCUUCCCUCGACACAAACUAUGUCCUUUCGCAGGGCAUUGGGAAAUAGUCUGUGUUUUGGAAAAAAAGAAAAUAGUAAUAUCCCUCAUUACUGUUGAAUAAAUGUAUACCAAUCGACAUACGGCACCCAUCGCCACACAGGCAACUGACUGAAAUGAUUUUAUUUUAAUUGUUAUGUUUUUUACUAUACAAAUCGUCAUUUUAUUUAUCUUAUUAUGUAAUGUAUUUUUAAUGGCGCUUAAUUUGCUGACAGGCUCACAAUAUAUUGCCUUAAUCAUAUUUAUUUCUGUUUCUUUUUAAAAUAAAAGACGAAGAAAGGAAACUGUUUUUAAAUAAUUAAAAUGUUGUUAUGUCAAAUCAUGUAAAUAAAGGCGAUAUUAAUCUAUCGUCUCAUCAGACAGGUGACUAUGCACAGAAACCGAUGUUAGUAUUUCGGUUUUAGUGUAUGACGGAUUUUUAACAUUCUAGUUCACAAAGUAAACAGUUCAGAGGUUGACAUGUCACCCUACCCGGACAUAUCAUUCUGACUUCGAGCCGACAUGUCUUUGCUCUUACUCCUAAAUGCCAAUUUUCAAGUCUUUGGUUUGACCCAGCCGAGUAAUAUUUCUUGUAAGUCAUCAAUAAGUCUCGUUGAGGUUAGAUACAAUAUAAAUACUUUCGACUUUUCUGCACUCUAAAAUUACAAUUCAAUAUUCAGGAGGCACGCUCGAACUACUGUAAGAAGUUGAAAAGAGUGGGUAAAAUAAGGAUACUAGAUGAUUGUCCUAUACAGGUAUGCAAAAUUCACACUUAAGGAAGAAGAUUCCUUUUUACAAUAAAAAACAUUAAAAAGUUGUAAAAUGAAAUAAUUGAAAUUAUUCAUCUGAGGAUGGUGAAAUAUCUUAUCAAUUUCCCAUUUCUUAGAUGUAGUAACAUACCCUCUGCUCCGUCAUAUGGUGUGUACAUAUCUCAAUUGAUACGUUAUUCUCGUGCAUGUUCACACUAUACUGACUUCAUAUACAGGAGUGUGCUCCUUACGCAGAAACUGCUCCAACAGAGUUAUGAGGAGGAAAGAUUAAAAAUGACACUCCGUAAAUUUUAUGGACACCAUCACGAAUUGGUUGAUCUAUACGAUGUAUCUGUGUCUAAACUAACUUUUGACAUUUUUACCACGUCUUAGAUUGUGGUUUAACAUCUAUGUCGUCUGUCUGCUAAGUACCGAACGUGACCUUAUCCCGAAUAUGACUGUUAUACCGAGAGUGAAUUUACAUUGCAAUACGACGUGUCUCGGUAUUUUGUACAUCCAACAUUCAUGUUUUUAUUUUUUGAAGUUUUUGUUAUGGUUUCGGUUGAAUAAUGUGUUAUGUCGUAUCGUUUGCUGUCCAAAUAAUUAUAAAAUUGCCCUACAAUACCAUCAUUGUCAUAUUCCCGAAUAUGACUGUUAUACUGAAUGUGAAUUUACAUUGCUGUGCGGCGUGUCUCGGUGUUUUGUACAUCCAACAAUAAUAAAUUUAUUUUGUUGUUUCUGUUAUGGUUUAGGUUAGAUAAUCUGUUAUGUCUUAUCGUUUGUAGUCAAAAUAAUUAUAAAAUUGCCUUUCAAUAUCAUUAUUGUCAUGAAAAUUGUUUGGACCAAUAUUGUGAAAAUAAUUGUAUAAAGUUCCAGAUUGCAUGUUUGUUACGUAAGCGCGUCACUGUUUUUGAUAUCCUGUGGUGUUUUUCGUUGAUGGAGUAUAUGUUCGUUGUUGUUCUGUGGUUUGUAUGUUGUGUCGACUAUUAUUUAUUUGUUUGUGCGUUUCUCUGUAAUGAAUGUUCUUGUGUGUGUUUGUGCUGUAUUUCUGUCACGUAGUGUUUAGCGAUAUUUUUUAACAUUGUCAAGAAGCGGGAGGUUUGGCAUGCCAAGAAACCAGGUUCAACCCACCAUUUUUUUCUUAAAAUGUCCUGUACCAAGUUUGUUUUUGUUGCACUUCGGUGUUCCUGUUGUUUAUUUGUUUUCCUCUUAUAGUUGAUGUGUUUCCCUCGAUUUUGAUUUGUAACCCGGAUUUGUUUUCUCUAAAUCGAUUUAUGACUUUUUAACACCGGUACACUAUUGUUGCCUUUAUUUAGGGUAUUAAAACAGUGCAUUCCUAUUAUUUUUUUUGUUUUAUGUUUAUUUUAUUUUUGUUUGU